UAGACACUGCCACAGUAAUAUUCGUCAAGGCCAUCGCUCUCAACGAUGCGAUGCUCAUUCACCCACCACCAGCGGGCUACUCUUUCUCUGCUAUCGUCUUAAUAGCUUAGAGAAAGGCAGAGUUCUAUCUCAUUUUAAUCUCUGUAGCAUGCCCAAGGUGAGCAUCAAGGGUGGUAAAAAUCGCCGUCGCGGAAAGAACGAAAACGACAGUGAUAAACGUGAACUAGUUUUCCGGGAAGACGGUCAGGAAUACGCUCAAGUGACGAAGAUGCUUGGAAACGGGCGGCUGGAAGCUCAGUGCUUUGAUGGAGAAAAGCGGUUGGCACAUAUAAGAGGGAAGAUGAGGAAAAAGGUUUGGAUAAACCAGGGAGAUAUAAUACUUUUAUCCCUUCGAGAUUUUCAAGACGACAAGGCGGAUGUUAUUGUAAAAUACACUGCCGACGAGGCCCGGAAUUUGAAAGCAUAUGGUGAACUCCCGGAGAACGCCAAGAUCAACGAAACUGAUACUUUUGGCGAAGAAGAAGGAGAAUGUACAUUCGAGUUUGGCGAUGAGGGUGACGUUGAUAUUGAUGACAUCUAGAUUUAUUUUGUAUGUUGUGUUUUUCGAUCCAUGUUCUCUACCCAACCUACACGUUCACUGGCCUUACUCGCUACAGUCUUUCCGCACGUUUUACUGUUUUUAUGACUCGUAGAUCUAUCAUCUCGGCAAUCCGGCGUGCUGUGCAUGAACGAUGAUUGAUGGCCCUCUAUGUUCCUGUUCCAUGUGGCCAUUCCGGUCUAUUUUCUCUUUGUGCGAAAAUACGACGAACGUUCGUCCC